AUGCCAAGCUACAUCAUCACAUGCAAGGACAACGCAACCCCCGAGCAGGUCGAGGCGGUUAAAAAGCAUGCCACCGACCAGGGCGGCAAGAUUGGACAUGAAUACUCGCUCAUCAAGGGCUUCUCCGUCACCUUUGACAAUGACGCCGUGACGACGCUCGAGUCCCAUGAACACGUCAAAGCGGUCGAGGCGGAUGGCGUCAUGCGAACGCAAUAG